ACUGGGGCAGGAACCGGAAGUUUUCCUCCGUGGUAACAGUAUCAAUUUCCAGUGUUGCGAUGUCGGCCGAACCUUGAAUUUGUUGCUGGGUUUUAUUUCCUUUGAGAUCGCGAACAAUUAACUCCGUCUUUAUUUAUCAAAACAGCUGAAAACACAACCGGAAGUGGCUGUUAGUAGUUCGAUGUGUCUGGGGAAACCUUAGACCAUGAGCAACAGUCAUCCUCUGCGGCCUCUGGCCUCCGUGUCGGAGAUCGACCACAUCCACCUGCUGUCGGAGCAGCUCGGAGUGCUGGUGCUGGGAGAGGAGUACAGCGACGUCACCUUCGUUGUGGAGGGAAAGAGCUUCCCGGCGCACCGGGUCAUCCUGGCGGCUCGAUGCCACUACUUCAGGGCCUUGUUGUACGGUGGGAUGAAGGAGUCCCAGCCCCAGGCUGAGGUUCGUUUGGAGGAGACCCGGGCUGAAGCGUUCUCCAUGCUGCUGAACUACCUGUACACGGGCCGGGCCAGCCUCAGUUCUGCCCGGGAAGAGGUGCUGCUGGACUUCCUGGGUUUGGCUCACCGCUACGGCCUGCAGCCUCUGGAGGACUCCACCUGCGAGUUCCUGCGCACCAUCCUGCACAUCAACAACGUGUGCCUGGUGUUCGACGUGGCCAGCCUGUACUGUCUGAGCGCGCUCAAUGAGGCCUGCUGCGCGUACAUGGACAGACACGCUCCAGAGGUUCUCAACUCUGACGGCUUUCUGUCACUCUCCAAGGUGGCGCUGCUGACUGUGGUCCGUCGAGACUCCUUUGCUGCCAGUGAGAAGGAGAUCUUCCAGGCUCUGUGUCGGUGGUGCCAGCAGCACGAGGACGGGGUGGACACACAGGAAGUGAUGUCAGCGGUGCGGCUGCCGCUCAUGACUCUGACGGAGAUGCUGAACGUUGUGCGGCCGUCCGGCCUGGUGAGCCCCGACGACCUGCUGGACGCCAUAAAGAGCCGCUCAGAGAGCCGCAACAUGGACCUCAACUACCGGGGAAUGCUCAUCCCAGAGGAGAACAUCGCCACCAUGAAGCACGGAGCGCAGGUGGUCAAAGGAGAGCUGAAGUCGGCUCUGCUGGACGGAGACACCCAGAACUACGACCUGGACCACGGGUUCUCCAGACACCCCAUUGAGGAGGACGGUCGCUCCGGCAUCCAGGUCAAACUGGGCCAGCCGUCCAUCAUCAACCACAUCCGGCUGCUGCUGUGGGACAGAGACAGCCGGUCGUACUCGUACUACAUCGAGGUUUCCAUGGAUGAGCUGGACUGGGUUCGGGUCAUCGACCACUCCAAGUACCUCUGCAGAUCGUGGCAGAAUCUGUACUUCACUCCACGAGUUUGCAGAUAUGUUCGCAUCGUUGGAACACACAACACGGUCAACAAGGUGUUUCACCUCGUAGCUUUUGAAUGCAUGUUCACCAACCGUCCAUAUACGCUGGAGAACGGCCUUGUGGUUCCCAGUGAGAACGCUGCCACCAUCGCAGCCUGUGCCAGUGUGAUCGAGGGAGUGAGCCGCAGCAGAAACGCUCUGCUGAACGGCGACACUCGGAACUACGACUGGGACUCGGGCUACACGUGUCAUCAGCUGGGCUCCGGAGCCAUCGUCAUCCAGCUGGCCCAGCCCUACUCCAUCGGAUCCUUAAGGCUGCUCCUCUGGGACUGUGACGAGCGUUCCUAUAGUUACUACAUUGAAGUUUCCACCAAUCAGCAGCAGUGGACGAAAGUAGUGGAUUGCACCAGAGUGGCCUGCCAAUCGUGGCAGACUUUGAAGUUUGAGAAUCAGCCUGCUUCCUUCGUCCGUAUCGUUGGGACCCAUAACACUGCUAACGAGGUUUUCCACUGUGUCCACUUCGAGUGUCCCGCCCAGCUGGACAUGAAGGUAGCUGAGGGCAGUUCACUUUCGGAUUUGUUUGAUUCUGGUGCCGCCAACCAACAGCAGCGACUUCAGCAACCUUCACGCACACACAGCCUGAUGCCCACCCAGCCUUCCUCCUCCUCUCCAUCCUCUUCCUCACAGUUCCACCAUUAAAAGCUCUCAGACCUCCAAAUGCCAUUUUGCACAGCUUUCACCAUCCAGACUGCACUGCUCUGAUGCUGCUAAAGUCCAUUGUCUCGUUGUUCCAGUCCAUCAUCCCUCUGUCAUGUGUGCAGCAGCAGAAACCUGUGUAUCUGUGGCAGCAUACUUUAUUUAUAUCUCCUGUCUUCCCAGUUUUCUGACUGAAAUACGGUUUAAAUGUACUGACAUGUACGUUUUAUGAAGGUACUUUUUAAUCCUUUCAGAAUCUUGAAGUCCGAUUUAUUAUUAUUUUUUCUUUAACGACGAGGCAAACACUGACAUGAUUAUGCCGUACUACUAAAAAAAGCAGUCAGACCAGGUAGGGAAGGGAACAGCGACGUGAAUUUGAUAAAUUCAUACUAAUACCUUUGAAGAACAAAAAGGAUUCAAUCCUUAUCAAGCUAUUUUUUAGGAAUUUGUCUUAAAAAAACAGAUCCAACUGACUUUUCUUACCAUAAACAUAACAGAGUUGCAAUCAUAUAUUUUUUAAAGUUUGAAAGCUCAUUCUUAAAUAAACCCACCAGAGCAGGGAAGUAAAAGCAUCUUGUUGCUUUUUAGGUGCAAAUAAAACUUAUUAGUGUUAUGCAUUUACAUAUUGAGUAAUAACGGAGAAUUUGAAUAUCAGGCUUUCGUACGCUAAACGAGGCAGAUGCUGAUAUCUGGUGCCACUUUUGAUAAGAAUUCACACCAUAGAUGAAUGUUAUAAGCAUUUAAGUUGCUUAAUAUAAAUAAUUGGGGGUUAAGUUUGCAUAAAGACAUAAAUCAGAGCUCGGACCAAAUUAACAUGCACUACGGCUGCCUGAUGUGAAGAGUUGGAAAUAUAAGCAGCUGCUGUUUGCACUUUAUUUUAGGACACAGAAAUAAAGUUUGCAGAUUGGAUUUUCUGACUGAAUUACAGCUCUAGAGUUCUGAUUGGGUGUCUUUCUAUUUGUAAGAACAAUUAAUUUAAACUCUUAGUGGUUUCUGGGGGAUGUAGUAAGAUUUUCUGUUUGAGGUUUUUAUUUAAAUAAGCUGUUUUGUGUUUAUUCUUUUCUUGUGUGCAUUGAAGUUUUGCACUUUUGAGUUUAAAGAAAUCUUAUUAGAUUUGUUCAGUGUUGUAUUAUGAGAAAUAAGAUAAUUAGCUCAGUUGUUUUCUCUCUUACCACCUCCUCUUUGCAGUGUAUAAGAUUGAUUAGCUGGUUAAAGUCUUCCUCACUAACUAAACAAAAUAGGGCUGUUUAUGUUAUGAUAGAGAUGAUAUCCCAUAGCUUUAUGAAUUUUCCUAGUUUAGCUUUUUGCAUAUAUUAUUUUUGAUCAGUGAUGCUGAUUGUGUUUCUGCACUCAUUGUUCUACAAACUGCUUCUCAGUAAUGUGAUUUUUAAUUUCUGGAGAUCAACUAACAAUGCUAGUUGUGAUUUCUGUGAAGGGGUCCCACUGAUGUGCCCGUGUGGAAAGCUGCUGUUAGCCGUUAGCUGCUGUAAGUGAUGUCUUUCAUACAGGCGAUGCAGUGACCUCGAUCUCCUGAGUCCUCAAAGCUUCUGUUACAGAACAAGCUGUGCUGAUUGAUUAGUAACUAUGUGUUCGUCAUGCUUUAGGCACUAAUGCUCUGUUAGCUCAUUAGACAACGUUGAUGCUACCUACUGAGAGGUUGUUGUUGUCAUUAAACUUUUAAUAAUCUUUGAUUUUGAAACUUGAA